CAGUGAACUUUCAAAGUAAAAGGUUACAAAUUUAUAUUCUGAUUUAAAAUCGAGUAAUGGUUUAAUAGUGACUUUUAAUUGAAGAUGUCAACUAAUGAAAUGAUUCCAGGAGAGCUAGCUUCGAGAAGAGAGGGGCGAUUGUACAUGCUCCGUAGACGAGCCCGCGAAUUAGCACGCUCAGUAAAUGAUAUGACGGAUUCGCCUGAAGACCACGAUGAUUCCAUCGGGUUUUUGCUCCAUCACGAUUACGUAGAUGUACCAACAGCCAUCAUGAGCCAAAGUGCUUUGGAGGAAAUCAACGCGAAUUUUCGAACCGCCGGCGACGAUAUCUUCAUCGACACCGUGCUAAGUAUCGGCGAUUUUCCGGACAGAAUUUCGACUGAUAUUGUGGCCUAUACAUCACUUACUCGCGAAGAGAGGUCGUCGAGACCUGAGAGUAGAGCAGCUUCGCCAGGACGUGUUAGAAGAUUGAGACGGAGGAGAAAUUUGUAUAACCACAUGGUCGGGAAUAGAGUUCGAUUGCCGCCGACUCCAGAGCCUCCAACGAGUGUGUCGCCGAACAUCAGUGCUGAAAAUGAUUCUCAGGAGGAGGAAAUCAUUAUUCGCAGCGAUGGGACUCUUGGUUUGUCGGAGGAACCAGAGGUUGUUGAUCGGCCUCCAGAAGUAGAAGAAGCAGCCGACAUCGAAGUCGUGCAGCAGCCGCCAGCUUCCGGCAGCAGCAGCCCCGGGCCAAUCAGAUCCGGCCAUUACCGCCAGCACGAGCAAAACAGCAGCAGAUUGAGCUCAUCCAGGUUAAACCACAGUUUAUUAAACAUCCUACUUUGCCCAGUUUGCUGGGAGUACAUAACCCCGCCGAUAAACCAAUGCAAAAUGGGUCAUUUGAUUUGCGCUUCUUGCAAAGGGCGUCUCAUGACCUGCCCAACUUGCCGCAGCAGUUUCGCUGCCAAACGCAAUUUGGCCAUGGAAAAAGUUGCCAAUAAGUUGAUGUUUCCUUGUACCAACGACCAGUCGGGAUGUAGGGAAAAUUUUAGAUAUAAAUACAAGGCCGAUCACGAGGCCAAUUGUGUGCACAGAUUAUACAAAUGUGUCUUGCAGGCUGGAAGUUGCUCCUGGACUGGAAAGUACGCGGACAUCUUCCCGCACUCUUCUGCAUCGCAUAGCGAUUUAAUACUAAAAAGUCACAAAUUUUAUGUCAUGUAUAAAUAUGCUGACGAGCGUAGAUCUAACGAUUGGAUAAUCUGUGCUCACAAAGAGAUUUUCCAUUUGAAUUUCGCUGUUAACAGAAACCGUGAUAGGAUUUAUGGCACGGUGCACUUUUUGGGCCCAAAGAGACGUGCCAGCGAAUUUAUUUACACCAUUAGAGCCAGUAGCGAAAUUGCUAAUGUUAACAGAGUUUUCGAAUACUCUAGAACCACUCAUGAUGAUCACACUAUAGUUCAUUCUUUUCAUGCCCUCGAUGACUGUUUUGUAAUUCCGAUAAAUACUAUUCGUUUGUUUGGACACGCUCCUGAAGUUCGAUUCGAUAUCGAAAUAAAGAAAAAAUGA